AAGAAGAAGGGAGAACUGGCAUUAGCAUGGCUACAGAACCCUUCCCGAGCUCUUCUCCUAUUCCAGCUGACAGGGCUCAGGCGGAAAACGAAGAGGGAGACGCCGGGAAAAAGAGCAAGCAGGCAGCCGCCAAAGCCCGCUGGACGCUUCUCAGACAGGUUUUGAAGCAAAAGCCCUUGGAGAAUGCCGGCCUUCAGCAAAUAUCAAUAAGACGAUUUGCUUCCUUUGGUCUCUUCUCAAUAACUGAGGACAGUAACAUGACAGAAGAUGACUCAAGGUCUUGGGUUCAGUACAAAAGUAUCUAUUAUCCUGACUAUAUUAUAUCAUUAAGAUGCAACAGAAGAUUAUUAAAUGUUGAAGAUGUUCUGACAAGUUUUGACAACACAGGAAAUGUUUCAUCCUCCAAAGUCUCAUGUAACACUGGGCUCAUCCAUUUAGAAGCAAGUGCAUGUCUAUGCAAGAUGGAAUGA